CGUGGAUUUAAUAGGCGAAAAUGCGCUGGAUUUGCAACAGAUAGCAACGCAAGAAUCGAGAGGUAUAUCCAGAGUUACCGGCCGAUGUGAAGAAAGACCAGUUGAUUAUAAUCAAGAUCCACCUACGAGUAGGACUGAUACUGGAUACAGAGUACAAGAAGUUUCUCUCACCCGCGGGGCAAACGAAUUAUUCGGAGAAUACUUUCCUGCAGACUAUUCAAUCCUCCUGACGUUAAAAUUAUUGGGAAAUCCGGCAAGGAGCCAACCGCUGUUUAGUAUCUAUAAUGAACGAUUAGAAGAACUUCUUGUUGUCAAUGUUGGUGGAAAAGGUCGCGUUGGAGUUCUGGGCAGCAAUGGACAAAUUACCAAGCACAAAUUUAACAUGAAACUUUUAGGCGAUGGAGGAUGGCAUCGAGUAGCGAUCAGGGUUAGCGGAAACCAGGUUUCAUUGACCAUCAACUGUGGUACCGCACAAAAAUGGCAGAUUGAGAGAAGUAUCAGGCCUCUUUCGCUGGAUCAGGGCGUCAUUGUCUUCGGUUCAAAUAUCAAUGGAGGAACAUAUUUUGAUGGUAUCAUUCAACAAGCUCUCAUCAUUCCUGACCCCACAGCUGCAGACGAGCAAUGCUUAAAAUUUGAUCUUGAUUGUGGCAUGCCUGCCAAUGUCUUAUCGCUGGGAAAGGCUCCUGAGGUCACUCCUGGUGAGCAGGUCAACGGUCAAGUGGAAUUUUAUGAUGGAUCAGGAGCCUCUCAGUCCAGUGACCACUUCAGCUAUCACUAUGAUUUUUCAGUCGUUGACCCAGCGCUGAAGGUCGUCGUUGCUGGUGAGGGUGCUGGCCCCAUCAGUGCCAGUGGUGAUAGGGGAAACAAAGGACAGAAAGGGGAUAAAGGAGAAAGUCGAGUUGAGUACUACGCAGGACCAGUUGGGCCACCAGGGCCAAGGGGAUAUGCUGGACCACCAGGACCUGAUGGACCAAGAGGCACGGCAGGUCCUAAAGGAGACCGGGGCAGGCCGGGGCGAGAUGGAGUUGACGGUGUGUCUGGUUUAAGAGGACCCCCUGGGCCAAGCUUCAUUGUUCCGGCAGCAGUAAUGUCAGCCAUGUCUGAUGCAGCAUCAAGCAGUAAAGGUCCAGGAAGUCAGGCCAACCUAGCAGCCAUCAGGCAGGUCUUGGAGGAACAGAGGAUAGCAAUGAGAGGAGAGAGGGGUCCUCCGGGAUCACAUGGUUCGAAUGGUCCAAUGGGACCUCCUGGUCCAGAUGGGCCUAAAGGAGACCCAGGUCCAUUAGGAGACUUUGGUCCACGUGGUCCCGCAGGAACACCAGGUCAGCCAGGACGUUCAGGCAAAAGGGGUCGUCCUGGUAAAGAUGGAGGACGAGGCCAAGCUGGUCUUCCGGGUGAGAAAGGAGAUCGUGGCUAUGAUGGUUUGCCAGGGCUACCCGGUGUGAAAGGAGCCUUUGGGCGAUCCGGAGACACAGGACCUCAGGGAGAUACAGGACCAAAAGGAAGAGACGGAGAGGAAGGUCCUUAUGGAGACCCAGGACCAUCUGGUCCUCCUGGAAUCCGAGGGGCACCUGGUAUGAGGGGGCCAUCUGGACCCCAGGGUAUAGCUGGACUUGAAGGAGAACCAGGCGGACCUGGACCCAAAGGCCCUGUUGGUCUUCCAGGUGUCCCUGGAGGUCCUGGACCAAUGGGCAAACCUGGAUCUGUGGGUGCAAUGGGCCCUCAGGGACAGAGUGGGCCACCUGGUGUCCAGGGUCCUAUUGGAAAGCCUGGUAUCCCUGGUGUUCCUGGAACUGACGGACCUGCUGGACACCCGGGACAAGAUGGACAGUCUGGACCAAAGGGAUCCAUGGGUGCACCUGGUCCUAUUGGUGUUCCAGGCUAUACCGGUCCAAUGGGAGUGAAGGGGGCUCGAGGAAUCUCUGGAAGUACUGGUCAGAAGGGUGUCCCUGGUGGUGAUGGUCUGCCAGGAUUCAAGGGAGAACUUGGAUUGAAAGGAGAAAGGGGACAGCAAGGAGUUCCUGGACCUCGAGGAUCUGAGGGAAUCGCUGGACCAAAGGGUGAACAAGGUAUGCCUGGUGAAGCUGGACCUAUCGGCACACAUGGAGAUCAGGGACCACCAGGCCCACCAGGCAUUCCAGGUUACCCAGGAAACGUCGGUGAUAAGGGAGAGUUGGGUCACAGUGGCAAGCGUGGAAGGACAGGAAGGAAAGGAUCGAGGGGUCCAUCUGGAAUGAGGGGUCCAAUUGGACCAUCUGGUCCAAUGGGUGGACCUGGAACUCGAGGUCCUCAGGGUAUUCAGGGAGUUGCUGGUGAAUAUGGAGAGCAAGGAGAACGUGGACCCCCAGGACCAGUUGGAGACCAGGGGCCACCAGGAGCACAGGGACCUCGUGGAUUCGCUGGAGGAAAAGGACCACCUGGACCACCUGGUCAAGAUGGUAUGCCUGGAUUCCCAGGAUCUCGUGGAGAGUCUGGUCUUGAUGGAGAGGCUGGAACGCCAGGACCGGGUGGUGUAAUUGGACCUCAGGGUCCACCAGGAGAGCCAGGAUCAACAGGACCCACAGGAUUCCCUGGCCCUCCAGGUAGCCCUGGUGAGGCUGGUCUUCCUGGAAACGAUGGACUUACAGGUCCACAGGGUCCACCUGGUCCCGUUGGUCCACCUGGUCUCCAAGGGCCUGAAGGAACACGAGGUUUCUCAGGAGAACGUGGAAUGAGAGGAGAACAGGGUAUUGAAGGAAUGAAGGGAGAGGAGGGACCUCCUGGACCAUCGGGACCACCGGGUGUUCAAGGUCAACUUGGACCCCCAGGACCACCAGGAGGUGUUGGUCUACCGGGCCGACCAGGAGAUCAAGGAUCGAUUGGACCUUCAGGAGAAAGGGGUGAUGCUGGAGAGGAGGGUCCUAUGGGACCUGCUGGUCGAGAUGGUCUGCCAGGUCCAAGAGGACCCCCAGGACCCAUUGGUCAGCCGGGCCCACAGGGUCCUGAAGGAGAGAGGGGAGACAGUGGACCCAUCGGAAUCAAGGGAACAAAGGGAGAGCGAGGCGAAGGAGGUCCACCUGGUCCUCCAGGCGAAAGAGGACCCCUCGGAGAGUCAGGACCACCGGGAGAUGAUGGAGAACAAGGUAUCCCAGGACAGUCAGGACCCCGUGGACCGAAGGGAGAGGAAGGGUCAGCAGGAAACCCAGGUGCUCCAGGACCUAUCGGUCUACAGGGUAUGCCUGGUCCUUCAGGUAACAAGGGAGAAACAGGGGAUUCCGGUCUAACCGGAGCUCCAGGUCCACAGGGUGUCCCAGGUAAACGUGGAUCUCCAGGAAGUCAGGGUGUCGGAGGUGCACCAGGUCCUCGUGGAGACAACGGAUCACCUGGAUUGAAGGGAGACAAAGGAGACCCAGGUCCACCAGGAAGAACAGGCAGAGAUGGACCAAGGGGCUUCAAAGGUGAUCCAGGACCAAAGGGCGAACCUGGUUCUACUGGUGUCCCCGGUAACCCAGGACCACGUGGUAUUGAAGGACCAAUGGGACCCAAAGGAAACCAGGGUCCACUUGGAUUCCCAGGAGAGCUUGGUCUGCCAGGACCAGAAGGAAUACCCGGAGGUAUUGGAGAGCCAGGAGCAUCAGGAUCAGAUGGAGACCCAGGACCAAUUGGUCUACAAGGACUGCCAGGAGAUGCAGGCAGACCAGGACCACGUGGAAGACCCGGUACCCCUGGUUCACAAGGUCCACCUGGAAGGGAGGGUCCAAAGGGAGAUCCCGGUGAAGAUGGUCCACCUGGUCUACGUGGAGAUCCUGGUCCAGCUGGUGAAAAUGGUCCACAAGGUCCUCAAGGCCCGCCAGGAUUGAGAGGUCUCCCUGGACCUGAGGGCAACCCAGGAGAACCAGGACCCCCAGGAGCACCCGGAGCACAAGGUCAAGUUGGAAUCCAAGGACCUUCAGGACCCCAAGGUGACCCAGGUCCAGUUGGACCUAAGGGAGAUCGCGGAUUCCUUGGAAGAACAGGAGAGGUUGGAAUUAUGGGAGAGAAGGGAGACAAGGGAAGUCAAGGAGAAUCAGGUCCAGUAGGACCUAAAGGAGACCCUGGUUCUGAAGGUCCUCGUGGUGUCAUGGGACCAGAAGGUCCACCUGGUCUUCCAGGUAGAGAUGGAUUGCCCGGUCCCAAGGGAGAGCAAGGAGACUUUGGUAUCAAGGGAGAUAGGGGAGUACCGGGUUCUCCUGGACAACCUGGACCACCAGCAACAGCAGAGUAUCUCCAAGCCAUGUUGGACCGUGGCAUGCUCACACUCCGUCCAGAUAUGUAUCCAGACUUCGGCGCUGGAUUUGGAGGUGCUGGAGCCGGUGCUUCGACAGACGGUGAACAAACCUUUGAAGCUGGCAGCAGCAACGUUCCCUUGUCCGCCUCCAGUUCCAAUCCCUUUGGGGGCACCAAGAGGAGAAAGCGACAGGUGGAUCCCAAUGAUCUACCAUCAGAUAAUGACUUCCUGCCCAUCGACGAGCUUCUGGGUAACGGUAUGCAGGGUAUCGAUGAUCUACCCGAUAUGCCUUUCAGAUAUGUGCCUGGCUUUGAUGAACUCCCUCUCCCCUACGUCAAAGCCAUGGAGGUCCUCUUUUCAUCACUCGAUCAGCUGCAGACGGAUGUUGAGGGCAUCAAGAAACCAAAUGGAACCAAGGAUAACCCUGCUCGUACCUGCAAGGAUCUUCUUAUGUGCCAUCCGAAGACUCAAGAUGGUUAUUACUGGAUUGAUCCUAAUGAAGGUUGUCCUGAUGACGCAUUCUAUGCUUUCUGUAAUAUGACGGCUGGCGGGGACACCUGCCUAGCCCCCGACAACACUACCAGUCAUCUGUUCUACAAUUUCACGGAAGAAAAUUCGACGGAUACUAAAGGAUUCCGAAAAGCAGUUCCAGGAGAGUGGUUCCUGGAGAAUUUACGAGGAAAAGAGUUUGCCUAUCAAGGAGGUAUUGUACAGCUGACAUUCCUACGUCUGCUCAGCUCCAAGGCAACGCAGCAGUUCACAUACGAGUGCGUGAAUAGUGUAGCGUGGUACGAUGAGGCGGAAGACAGCUUCGAUCAAGCCCUCAGGCUUCUUGCGGCCAACGACGAGGAGUUCACAUUCGAUGGCCUCAACCAACCAAAGGUCAUCAAAGACGAGUGUCAGAGCAAGCCCUCGCGCGGUGAAACCGUCUUAGAAGUAAAUACAUCAAAGCUUCACCAGCUGCCAAUAGCUGACUUCGCUCCUCUUGAUUUCGGGAGACGCAACCAGAAGUUCGGCUACACCGUUGGAUCCGCGUGUUUCAACUAGAAGUAGGGGCCAGCAACACGUGCCUGGGAAUAGCAGACCCAGGACACCUCAGCACUGGGAUAAAAAGCAACGAUGAUUUUAAAGAGAUCGGUACCAAAAAUCCAAGAAAAGUAUGUUGCUUUGUUGAAAAGAGAGAAUUUUAAAAAAGGGUUUGGUUUCAUCGGUUUCAGUAGUAGACCUGCAGCUGCGCCUGGAUUUCUUCCGGGUUACAACAACACUCACACCCCCUUUCAUACCGAGUGAUUUGUUUGUAUUAUUUUAUAUAAUUGUAUCAUUUUUUAAGUGUAGUUGACGGAUCCUGACUCCCGGACUGACAAGAUAGGGUCCUUAUGAAAUGGUGCUAUUUUCUACAGAUAAUUAUCAUCUGUAUUUUUUUUUAAUCUGAAGAAAAAAAAUGUGAUGAUUUUUUUAAAGAGUUGUGAAUAACAUUGUAUUGAUAUUUUUACACAAAUCUUUUUUUUUCAACAGGAAAAUUUUAUAAAGAAAAAAAAAAAGGCUUUGUAAUAGUAUUUUUCAAGCUUCGUCUGUUAAUAAGUAGAUGUAGAAGUAGACCACAUUCAUAGUUAUUGCUUCCUUAUCCUACUAGCAUUUAGUAGAUCUAUUUCUUUCUCUCUCUGCUUAUGUGUAGAUGACACGUUUUGUUUUCUUCUCGCGUUGUAUAUUAUUACUGCUGCCAGUAUCUGUGUUGGAGUUUUCAUUUCUAUUUUUAUAGUAGUGAGGAGUAGAUAGUGAGGAUUGUAAUUACCAGCAAAUGUAGACGUUUUUAAACAUGUAUGAUUAUUUCAGGUAAAGUGGGGGAAUUUUUCUAUAAGUUUGUGUACUGUACAGUCAUAUUUAGGCACGUUUUUUUUCUAGUAAAAUUUGGUGGUUUGUUGUAGGUUUACUAAGUCAGUUUUAUUUUUUCUCUUUUUAAAGUAAAUAUAACUAUCAAAUAUUCAGUAUUUGAUGUAUAGCGUCUUUUUGUUUAUAUAUCAGCCUAUGUUUGAAAGAAUAACUCUUGUUCUAGCUGUAAAUCUUUCUGUGCCUUGCCUGACGCCGCUGCUGCUGUGUGUAAUGCCUUAUGCUCAUUGAAAACGAAUAAAAGUAAAAUAUAUAAUGAAAACUUUGGUUAUAAAAAAAAUGUCAGUAUCUUUAGUCAUCCUUUUUUGUAUUAAAAAAAAAUAUGCCAUUGUAGUGCAUUAUCAGUAUUUCACAUGAUACCAUAACUGUAUCCAGCUGCAGUACUAUAGGCAGAAACAUAAAGAAUUGAUGUGAGCAGACAUUAUUCGAGAAGGCUCUACCUCCAAUAUAAAUGACGUUAUAGACUUAGCAUCUACUUGAGAAUUUAAUUCGGAUACUAUCUUUGUGGGAAAAAAAUAGAAACAUUAUUUUAUGAAGUCUUCCAAUACUCCUGUCCCGACAUAGUCUUUGGAAGGGAAACUUGUAAUUCAGAAGUUGUAAACCUUCUAUGCUCAAUUUGAUUGGGAUGUGUUGAGUCAUAUUUUAUUACCUCAUCGUUUUAUUGUUUCUUUUUUUUCUGCUUGAGAAUAUGUUGGGGAGAAUAUGCAUAGGAAGGUUUUUUGCCUUUCCCAUGGGGAAGAUUAACAAUCGCAUUUAAAGAAUGAGUAUGAACAGGAUAUGAUUUUGGAACUGUGUUGUUUUUCUAGAUGGACAAGUUUGUGAAUAAAUUUUUGUGACCAAUAAAAGCCUUGGGAAUUUUCUGCCCCCUUAAUUGAACAACAAUAAA